AUGUCGACACCUUCAUUCUCCCGACUUGUCCGCUUCUUAGCCAAAAACGGCCGCACAUACUACGGAGAUGCCAUUCUACCCAAAGGAGUCUCAGAUAUCGCGAAAGCUACUCAGGCCAAAGUGAUUACGGGCGAAAUAUUCGGGAAGCAUGAGGUCACAGAUCAAGUACAAGAUAUUCGGCUCUUACUUGCACCUUUAGCAAAUGAGGAUGUUAAGACUGUGAGGUGUUUGGGAUUGAACUAUGAGCAACACGCUAAGGAGUCAAAUAUGCCAAUUCCAAAAUUUCCAAUUCUGUUUUACAAACCCAUCACAUCUCUUUCCGGUCCUACCGAUCCCAUUCCUAUUCAUCCAAUGGCUCAAGAAGGCACCGGUCUUGACUACGAAUGCGAACUUGUUGCUGUCAUCGGGAAAUCCUGCUCCGAUGUCCCAGAAUCCAAAGCUUUAGAUUACGUUCUCGGUUAUGCCGUAGGUGACGACGUGUCGCACCGGGAAUGGCAGAUUCAACGCGGAGGUGGUCAAUGGGCGCUCGGAAAGGGAUUCGAUGGAUGGGCUCCUUACGGUCCGGGAAUUGUCUCCAGUCAAUUAAUCAAAGAUCCGCAAAACCUUACAAUCUUUACGAAAUUGAAUGGGAAGACAGUACAAGAAAGUAGUACGAAGGAUAUGAUUUUCAGUGUGGCCAAAACCAUUGCCUUUUUGAGUCAGGGAACUACAUUGCUCCCUGGUGAUUUAAUUUUUACUGGAACUCCACAAGGUGUAGGAAUGGGCAGAAACCCACAGGUAUGGUUGAAGGAUGGUGAUGUGGUUGAAGUUGGUCUAGAAUCUGUAGGCAGUUGCAUCAACAAGGUUGAGUUUACUCAGACCAAAGAGAAGGCGAAGUUAUAG